AUGUCGUUGGACGUUGAAAGCAUCAAGAGCUGGAUUGUCGCAACGCUCGACGCCGAUGGCAAUGUCCGCCAGUCGGCCGAGGCUCAGCUAAAGCAGGCCGAGGCCAUUGAAGGUUUCACCGGUGUCCUUCUCACCAUCCUCGAAACCGAGCAAAGCCAGAAUGUUCAGCUCUCUGCUGCCAUCUACGUCAAGAACCGCGUGAACCGCGCAUGGACCUUUGUCGACGUCUACCCCGACGAACGCCUCCUGACCGAAGACGAAAAGACCCAGGUCCGCAACCGCCUUCUGCCCAUCUUGGGCUCCGCAUCCGGCAUCGUGCGCCAGCAGCUCGUGCCCCUCCUCCAGCGAAUCCUGCACUGGGACUACCCAGCAAAAUGGCCGACCUACAUGGAGUACACAAUGCAGCUGCUGUCGACCAACAACGCACAGGGCGUCCUGGCCGGCAUCCAGUGCUUGCUGUCCGUGUGCAGGACAUACCGCUUCAAGGCAUCCGGCGGCACCAGCCGCGACGAGCUUACCAACAUUGUUGAAGCUGCCUUUCCCCACCUUCUCAGUCUCUGCCAGCAGCUGCUCGAGCUCGACAGCGAGGAAGCCGGCGAGAUGCUGCACUAUGCCCUCAAGAUCUACAAGCAGGCCGCGUGGCUCGACCUCCCACAGCGCCUCAAGACCGACAACCUCGCCUGGUGCACCGUCUUCUUGCGCACCGUCUCCAAAGACCCACCCGCCUGCUCGCUGGCCGAGGACCCGGCCGACCGCGAGAAGCACCACUGGUGGAAGGCCAAGAAGUGGGCCUACUUCAACCUCAACCGCCUGUUCAUGCGCCACGGCAACACCUACUCGCUCUCUGCCGACGUCCGCGACCAGGUCGCCUUUGCCAACGAGUUUACCGCCAACGUCGCCCCCGAGAUCCUCAAGGUCUACCUGCAGCAGAUUGAGAAGUGGGUGGCCCGCCAGAUCUGGCUCAGCCGUGUCUGUCUGUCGUACACCGUUGUCUUUCUUGAGGAGUGCAUCCGGCCCAAGGAGAUGUGGCCGCAUCUGCAGCCGCACCUGCCCAACCUGCUCACCCACCUGCUCUUCCCCCUGCUGUGCCUGUCCGAGGAGGACAUCUCCACCUUCACCGACGAGCCGGACGAGUACCUGCACCGCAAGCUCAACUUUUACGAAGAGGUGUCCUCGCCCGACGUCUCGGCCACCAACUUCCUGGUGUGCUUGACCAAGACCCGCCGCAAGCAGGUGUUUGAGAUUCUCCAGUUUGUCAAUAACAUUGUCAACACGUACGAGCAGGCCACGCCCGAGGAGAAGAACUACGUGGCCAAGGACGGUGCCCUGCGUCUUAUUGGCACCCUCGCCCCGAUCCUGCUCGGCAAAAAGAGCCCCAUCGCCGAGCAGGUCGAGAUGUUCCUCGUGCGCUACGUCCUGCCCGACUUCUCCAGCGACAAGGGCAUCCUGCGCGCCCGCGCCUGCGACACCAUUGAGAAGUUCGAGGCCCUCGACUGGCGCGAGCCCGCCAACCUGUUCACUGUCUACCAGAGAAUCAUCGACUGCAUGUCCGACAGCGAGCUGCCCGUGCGGAUAACCGCAGCCCUGGCCCUGCAGCCCCUGAUCCGCCACGACGCCAUCCGCGACCACAUGCGCGCCAACAUCCCCACCAUCAUGAGCCAGCUGCUGAAGCUCGCCAACGAGGCCGAUGUCGAUGCGCUGGCAAACGUCAUGGAGGACUUUGUCGAGGUGUUCUCCAAGGAGCUGACCCCCUUCGCCGUCGCUCUCAGCGAGCAGCUGCGCGAGACGUACUUGCGCAUCAUCCGCGAGCUGCUCGACCGCGCUAGCCGCCUGGACGACGAUGCCGAGGCCAACGAGAUUGUCGACGACAAGAGCAUCACGGCCCUCGGUGUGCUGCAGACCAUUGGCACCCUGAUCCUCACCCUCGAGAACAUGCCCGACGUGCUGCACCACAUCGAGAGCGUCAUCAUGCCCGUCAUCCGCGUCACGCUGCAGAACCGCCUCUACGAUUUGUUCAACGAGGUCUUUGAGAUUGUUGAUAGCUGCACUUUCUCCGCCAAGAGCAUUUCGCCCGUCAUGUGGGAGGCCUUUGAUCUGUUCCACGUCACCUUCAACGGCGGCGCCGAGCUCUACCUCGAGGACAUGCUGCCCGCCCUCGACAACUUUGUCCAGUUUGGUGCCGAGCACCUGCGCCAGAACCGCCCGCGCAUCGACGCCCUCUUCUCCAUGGUCGAGGUGCUCUUUGCCGAUCCCAAGGUGGGCGGCUCCGACCGUGUGUGCGCCUGCCGCCUGGCCGAGGCCAUGAUGGUCAGCCUGCCCGGUGCCAUUGACGAUGUGGUGUCGCGCUUCAUCCGCCUCGCCCUUGCCGGCCUGUCAGGCGGCACCGUCGGCCCCGACGGCUCGGUUGUGCCCAGCGAGGCGUUCUUGGCGACGGGUGCCGCCACCUCCGUGCACCAGGUCAGCCCGCGCUCGUACCGCGUGCACCUGAUGGAGAUGAUCAUCAGCGCCAUCUACUACAGCCCCGUGCUCGCGCUGGCGGAGCUCGAGGCCAUUGGCUGGACAAACCGCUUCUUCACCAUGUGGUUCGGCAACAUGGACGUCUUCAGCCGCGUGCACGACAAGAAGCUGUGCAUUUCGGCCAUCGUGGCGCUGCUCUCGCUGCCGCCCAGCAGCAUCCCUGCGAGCGUAUCUGUUGGCUGGCCGCGCCUGCUCAAGGGUGUCGUUGCCAUGUUCCGGACGCUGCCCAGCGCCAUUAAGAAUCGUGAGGAGGCACUCCAGGAGGACUUCCAGUUUGCCGGCGGUGGCGGCGACGACGAGUGGGACGACGCCGACGAGGGCUGGGUCGAGGAGGACGGCCCCGCGGACCCCACGGCCGAGACCAAGGACGAGAACACGGCGUACAUUGAGUUCCUCAGCGAGGAGGCCCAGAAGAUUGAGCGCCUUCGCAGCCACAACGACUCCACCGACGAGCUCGGCGAGGAGAGCUUGCUGCUCGAGUCGUCCCUCGACAAGAUUGAGCCUUAUCAGCUCUUCCGCAGCGCCAUCACACAACUCGAACGUGACCAGCCGGAGUUCUAUCAGGGUCUUGUCGGCCACCUUUCGGCCGACGAGCGGACUGUCAUGGAGUCUGUCUACGUCCAGGCCGACCGGGAAGCACAGGCUGCCCAGCUGCUGUUUAACGAGCAGCAGAAGCUACUUGCAGAGAACGGCGCCUCGACCGCCUCCGCCCCGCCGAGCUAG